AGCAUCAGCUCACCAAUGCAAAGUAAGCAUGAGUGCUAUCUUCCUGAUGUCCAUGCUUUUUGGCCUUGCAUGUGGACAAGCAACAUCGUUUUGUAUUCCAACCGAGUAUAUGAUGCAUGUUGAAAGGAAAGAAUGUGCUUACUGCCUAACCAUCAAUACCACCAUCUGUGCUGGAUAUUGUAUGACACGGGAUAUCAAUGGCAAGCUGUUUCUCCCCAAAUAUGCUCUGUCCCAGGAUGUUUGUAUAUACGGAGACUUCAUGUACAAGACCGUAGAAAUACCAGGAUGCCCACACCACGUCACUCCUUAUUUCUCCUACCCUGUAGCUGUGAGCUGCAAAUGUGGCAAGUGCAAUACUGACUAUACUGAAUGUGUGCACGAGGCCAUCAAGACAAACUACUGUACCAAACCUCCAAAGUCUCACGUGCUGGGCUUUUCUAUCUAACUUCAGUAGUGAUAUGUACAAUUCAGGUAAAUGUGUUUGCCUAGAAUAAAACUAACAUAUUAAUA